AUGAUUUUAUGUGCCUGGCGAAUCACGUACAGCAUACGCAACCUACUCGUAGAAAAAAACUCUCUACAAGCAGCUGGACUCGGAAGAAAAACAUUAACAUUUGGGCGUACUGAUGAUGCAUUGGCAUUCGUGUCGAAAAUCGAGACUGUGUAUCCAAAAAUUAAAACUGGCGGUGGUUUUGAGCUUCUUCGUAGUGGUGCAUCUAACAAGGAGAUAAUUCUCAUAACCCCACCACCUUCUGGAUACACUGUACCUUUUUUAAGGGAGUCAUCUGGCAUUGGCCAGGCGUUGAUAUAUGUAAGGCCAAUCCAGAAAUCUCUUCAAACUGACCCAGCUCCACUGUUCCAGGUACAGUAUAUGCACUUUAAUUAUUACAUUUAUAUUCAGGGUGAUUGGCUGGGGGGGGGGGUUUUGGGGCUGGUCAGGGUGUGUGUGUGUUAUUUUUAAUGAUGAAGAACAAUUAUUACAGACAAAAGAAAUACUGUAAAUUUGAGAAAUAACACGAUGAUGAGCGAACAACAAUUAUAACAAUUCAAAUACAUUAUAGUCCAGCAAGACAACUGAUUAUAUAGUGUUUACAAAUGUUGACAUGUGGGUGGAACACAUGACUGACACAACUUGAUCAGCAACAGAUCUGAUUAGAACAUCCCCCCCCCCCUCCCACUUUAAUGUAAUGGUUGCCAUCUCAGUUUCUCAUUGUCUGUCCACGUCUGUUUUUUCUUGAUUCAUGUCCUUUCCCCCUCCCCAGUACCCUGGAUUCCAGAGCCUUCGACAGUAAAUAAUAAAUUGAAACGUCGCGAAGGCGGUUUAAUCAAAGAAUCUCCCCGUUGAACCAGAGCCUUCGCGACGUUUCAAUUUAUUAUUUACUGUCGAAGGCUCUGGAAUCCAGGGUACCUCCCCAGGCAUUUGACUCUGAGCCUUUUGGAAGUAGGGAAUUUAACAUUAUGAAUUGUUUCAGCUCUCUCAAUAUUGUUGAUUACUUUGAUGUCGAUGUUCAUGAUUACAUUAUAAAUUUGAAAUGUUCAGGAUAGAAUUAUUGUUGAGGCUUGUGAAAUUUGUUUACAUAUUACCAGAGAAAAGAUUGACAAAUACUUUAUUAUAUAAAAGCCCUGUUGAGAGAGUAAUAUGCAACAAAUAGUGGCCACAGACCAUAUUGAAAUUAGUGGUGUUUAUUUACUUCAUUGUACUGAAUCGAAAUUUUUGGGGGAGGGAUUGCAGAAAACAUCACAUUUUUAAAUUGGUAAUUGCAUACCUUUUGAUAUACAGUAAGCCUUGAUUGUUAACUGCUUUAAUGACAUAUGAAAUAUUACAUAACUUCCAUGAGUUUUUGGAUAUUUAUGUAUUUACUCCCAAAUGACAUGACUUUUGGCAGCCAUCAUGCAGUGUAGACCAAGAAUGCUCUUGCAAUACCAACUGCACAUUUUUCAAUACAUAAAGUAAACAUUGUGGAUGUGCAUCUAAAAGUUUGCAUGUAAAUUAGUUUGUAAACUAUGUUGGGUCAUUUCAGAAAACAUCCUGAAUACUUCCACAUAGGGAAUUGGUAAAAGUUAACCCGGAUACACUUAAUAUUAUCAGAAACAAUUUUUUCUUCCCACUCCGGAUGGCAGAAAUUUCCUAUAUGAAGGCCAUGAGUGUGGAUCUUUCCUGGAACUAUCAAUUUCUUCAUUGCCAGAUUUUUUUACCACUUUUUAUUUGUGUGAAUGCUUUAUAGGAUUUAGCAAGUUCAUCCACAGAGUGCCCUAGGGUACAGUGUAUUAGCUGUAGCACGCUGUUACCUGUAACCGAGGUGAGGUCCCAUCAGUUGAUAUGUGGAGGGCAAGAUGAUGGUGAAAAUGAGGUAAUCAAUUUAAAUUAUUCCAUAAUUAGUUAAAUUGUUUAUUAAUAUAGUUUCAAAUGGCUUUCAUUAAAGGCCAUGAUUACACGAUGCAAUUUUUUUUUACUUGCAAUUGUAAUGUCAUUGCAUUACAAGAAAAAAUCGUCAUGUAUAACAACCCUAGUUUGCAACUUGCAAUUGAAUAAAGGGAAAGUUAGACCUGCUUCUACUUUUUGGCACAAGUUGGAUUGUGUAAAACCCUAACUGCAACUUGCCCCACAAUAUUUAAUUGAAAAAUACACCAAUCACAAGUUCACAGACUAGAGAGUGCUUUGAGUUGAGCUCAUUUUGAGUUAAGAACAGAAAGAAAACAACUUGUUUCAUUAAGUAACAGAUCAUUUUUGACAAUCUUUUGUACUUCUGAGCUUACUAAUGAAUUGACUUGUGGCUUUAUUUCAAGUAAAAGGUUAAUUUAUUUGUAAUAAGCUCAGAGAUAUAAAAACUAGUCCAAAAUAAUCUGUUACUUAAUUAAAUUUGACUGUUUAUAUGAGUUGUUUGUGACUCAUUUAGGCUGCAGCUUAUUUAAUUCAAUUCUAAGGCGAGACAUAUUAUAAUUAUUUCCAGCUAGAUUGUGGAUGACUCAAAUGUUUGCUCUUUUACAUGCCUAAGAUGUUGGGGCUUAACUUGAGCGUCUAAUAUUUUCAAUUAAUUCGAGUUAAACCCUUCUUUUUUCACGGAGUGUAACAUGUAACUCAAACUCUCCAAGUUGUUUUUCUUUCUUCAAUUUAAGCACUUGAUAGAAAUGGGUGUGGUUUGGGCAUGGUUGGUGCUUAACUUGAAAAGGGCUUAACUCGAGGGGCUUAACUCAAAUAUUAGCUACCUUAUACCAGAAGGUCCAACUGAUAAUGGAACAUGUAUUGUCAACACAUUUUUGAGAAGAAUUCAUAUGGAUUUUUCAUGUGCCCUGAAAUAGUUUGCCCACAUUCAUUUAUAAAUAAUCUGUCUUAGGAUUCAGAAGAAAAUAGUCACUACACUGAUCAAAGAGAGGAAGCAAGUGAACAGCAAACAGAUAGACGGUGUGUGUUAUAUAAAUAAUAUUAUUUAUUUGAUAAUUUGGUUUAUUUGACAGUUGUUAUAUUCAUCGUAUUUUAAUAUCAAACAUUAACAAACGAAACAUAAAACCUAAAAUAUAAACUAAAGUUCGAGUAAAAUCGCUUUCGUAUAAAGUUCUUUGUAAAAACAUGUGUUAGGCCUGGGCCCUACUUAAGGUAGCUUGUAUACUAUUAUAAACUAAACUUCUUGACAACAGUAUGUAUUUUUCUCAAUUGUGUUAUACAGUCUUUGGCAAUAAUACGAUGAGGCAAUCUAGUUUUUGCAUAUAUUCAGAUGUAACUGUAUUAUACAAUAUAUUUAUUUUGAUUCAUAUUUUCCACACACACCCUGCUUUUAAUGUUUGCAUCUUGCACAUGGGCAAUUAGCUGCAAUUGACAAUUGGUUUGCAUCUUGCAGAGGGGAUUGGGGCGGGUAUAUAGCCCCCACUUUUUGGGAGCAAAAAAUAAAAGUCUGACAUUAACAAUACAGUAGUUUUUAUUGUCUUAGAGAUUAUGUUAAGGUUUCUCUCGAAAUAUAGGAAGUAGUGUAAAUAAACCAUAGAAAAUUUUAAAUAAAAAUUUUUUAUCCACAGGCUUCUAUUUAUGACUGAUUAGCUGUAGCCCACCCACUCUCUAAUACGAGCCUGUUCCAUAGUUUUUGGCCAAAAUUGUAGCUUGACAAUUUCACAAUCAUUUUGUUGUCUCAUUUUGUUUUUGUUAUGUCUAUUUAACUCAAAAAAGCUGGAUAUAAAAACAAACUUGGCACCCCCUCUGCACCUCUCCUCUUUUACAAAGGCUAGGAGUAGUGUGCACCGUAUUUAUGUUUUACAUAAUAUAACGGGAAGCAUGAUAAUUGUGGGGGUUUAGAAUAAUCUAUAAUCCUGGGUGAAUUUUGAAAAUAAUCAAUAUCCAUAUCCUUUUCUUCCAAAUAAAGAUACAGUCAAGGCUGUAGCUAGCAUGUAUAGUUGGGAGGUGUAGGCCAAAAAGUUCUAUUUGAUGGCAUAUGAAGCCACAAAGGUGUUUAUCCGGAAAAUGAAGACGCAAUUUACAAACAAAAAUACGCAGUAUUUUACGCACAUGCAGAUAUAUUACAGAAGCAUGCAGUGCCAUAGGAAGCGCUUUUUUAUUUGGGUUUGAGAACGAGGGGCAAAGGCACGAUAAAAUUUUUAAAAUUAGAGUCUCCGAAAUGCCAUUUCCUGGACUUUGGGGGAAGUUUUGACAGAAUUUUGAUGGUCAGAAAGCAGCUUUUUAGUUUGUCGAAAUUUACAAUUUGCUUACAAUUUAUUAGUACUAAAUGGUCGAAUGUGUAUUUAAUUAACUAUAUAUUGGAUAAGUUGCAGAAAAGUAUGGGUAAUAUGAUUCUUUGCAGUUUGUCAUGGAUAAUGUAGCCACUUAAAAUUAAUCAAUUGUCAGUAUUUUAAAGGUAUAUUAUUUAAAUGAUAAAGGUCUGCAUGAUUUUGAAAAAAAGAAUGAUUAGUAGGAAAUUAUUGGGAGGGUUGCAGCCCCGGUUGCUAAGUUGCGAUUUAGAAGUAAUAAAUCAAAAAAACAUUUACCAAAUUACGAUUUGUUAAAUGUUAUUGAUGUAAAUGCCACGGUUUCGUAAAUCAGUUUAUACUAAUACUACAAUUAUAUUAAAUUUUCUUUGUUUAAUUAAUUUAACAACUAAAAUUUUGCUAUGCUAUUAUUGCCGUAAUUUCCCGAAUGUCUAACCCGAUUUUCCAAAUAUGUUAAUUCUAAAAAAUUUGGGGGGGGGUGUUCACUCCUCCCCCCAAUACCCCUUGUCACGGUCCUGGAUACAAUAUCCCUCCCCCCUAAUAAAAUGGAUAAGAAUAUCCAACUAACAUCCAACUUUAAUAAUCACAUAAUCUUUAUUCAUUAUCUGCAACUCCCAACUAAUGAUAAACCCGAACGCAGGACAUACAGCAUAGUUGUUGUACAGUAUAGACCGAUUGCAAAACUUAUUGGCCGCGCCUUCAUACUGCACGAGAACGAGGUUUAUUAUGCAAAAACAAAACAAUUGCUAUAUUUUUAUAUAGCGAAAAGUGAAUUAUAGGGUUUUUAAAGUGUUUUUUCUUGAAUCUCUUUGAUCUUUUCUUAAUAUUUCGUGCUAGGUUAUAUAAAUAUUUGUUAAAUUUAUCUAAACAUCGAUUUCCCACUAUAUUUUUACCCGCUUCGGAGAGAUAUUUCGUUGUUGUUUUAGCAUGCGAUGGCACAAACAUAUGGAAAAGAUCAUUGUAGACUUUAAAAUCUGAUCAAGAUGCAAAUAAAAUAGCCAGUAUAAGUUAACAAACUAAAUAUAACUCUUUCUACCCAGAUUUUUUUAGACGUCGUGCGAGAAAAAAACGAUUUUGUCAAAGGAUAAUAACACAAAAUUUCUACAAAUUUUGCCCGACAUUUACUUUCAUAUUUUUAAAGUUAAAAUCGAAAACUUGCUAUUAUAUUACAACUGAAACAAAAUUAAUCAAUGUUACAACUUAUUCUUUGAAAUGUAUUAAUAAAACAGACGGAAAAUACCUGAUUCUUUCUCUGGUAUAAUCUGCUUCUUUUAUCGGACGGCGAAAAACAGCAAAACUUUGCCUCGCACGCCGCGAAAAACAAUGAAAGUUGAAGUAAGACUAAAUCUAUGAACAAGUUUAAUAAAGAUUUACAUAGUCAAAACAAAAAUAUUGAGAAAAAAAUGAAGAGAUUACCAUAAAAACGCGUCUCAAACACUGAAAUUCAUUUUUCGUCAUAUAAAAAUAUAGCAGAAUGAUUUGUUUUUGCAUAAUAAGCCUCGUUCUCGUGCAGUAUGAAGGCGCGGUCACUAAUUUUCGCAAUUGGUCUAUAUUAAUAAACAGGCAUGUUUAGUGAAAACAUUCUUCAAAAAGAAGUGAUUUGUGGUUGAAGUGAAGUGUGGAUGAAGUACAACACCUAUUGAUUUCUUUUGAAUUCUUAUCAUGAAUUAUUGAGUUUCACAAAGUAUGAAACGUCUACAUGUUUUUCUUGCAAUAGAACUAAAGAUGGAACUUCAACUCACACAAACACCGCCAUUGCACAGAGUGAUGCUGAUAUGUCAACAUCCUCUUCAUCGGAUAUUUCAGUCUUACAAGAAAUUUGUCCAAAUGCAGAUCCUCAUCAAAUAUUGAUUUCUUUACGGCAAAAUAACAGGAAUUUAGACCUAACUGCACAAGAGAUCUUGGGCAUUCCUUCUGAUCCAAUUGACGGUACAGUAGAAUAACAAUGUUAUAAAGACUUAUACUUUAAUUCAUAUAAAAAUGGGAGUGCACAGUCAAAAACUGGGCGUAACUGUGUCUUAAACACUUAAUAGUAAGAAAAAUGUACCAAGAAGUAUCGUACAUGGGCUAUUAAAGCCUGGGUUAGUUUAUCGGCCUCUGUUAGUUCAAUUUCUAUGAUUUGAGAUUGCUUGAAAUACUAAGUAUAUCUCUGUAAUGUGUAAAAGUGAUUAUAGUGGUAAUUAUGCUGAUGACGUCAUAUAACUGACGUCAUCGGUCGGCCAUCUUGGAUUCCGCCAUCUUGGAUUUUUGACGUCCGAAAAAAGUACUUUUCCCUACUGAAAUUUUGGGCUUCCAUUCCAUAUUCUUAACAUCAUAAUCAUCAUUGUGCCAAGUGCGGGCUUGUUGUCACGAUUUGAAGGAUUUGCCUAAAAUUGGCAUCUUAACAGGGCUACUAAUGAUAGAUACACUAAACAUAAAAAUCAUUUCUUGAAUUUAUAAAUCAGUAAAAUUACAUUUUUAAAGUUUUGUUUCUUUUAUUAGGUGAUUUCGGAAAUGAAAACGAUGAUGAAUGCCUAAUUAACUUCUCAAUGUUCCAGUCGACCCCUGAGAAAAUGGGAAACGUUAGCAAGAAAUUAGAUCCAAUGGCGGCUUUAGAGACAUUUCGGAAAGAGAAUACGGACGUCAAUAGUGCAAGGGAGCAAUUUUACAUUAGCCGUCUAGAGGGAAUCGAAGACAUGAAACGAGAUAUCUUGGGUUUAUAUAAAGAUCCACGGAAAAACCUUAAAGCAUGCCCGAAAGUUCGCUUUGAAGGAGAGGAAGGAGUUGGUGCUGGACCAGUACGAGAGUUCUUUGUGUGUGCACUUGGAAUAGCACGCGAAGGAAUGAGUGGCACUGGCAGGCCAGUAGUUUAUUUUGAAGGGGAAGCAGACCAUUUGCUUCCCGUGCAUAACCAAAUGCUGCAGCAAAUGGGUGCGUUCGUUUGUAUUGGAAAGAUGAUUGGUCAUUCGAUUUUACACGGUGGGCCAGGAUUAUUCGGUGUAUCAUCGGCUGCUAAGCACUUUUGGGCUUACAACGUUGACGAAAACCCUCCUCUUCUCGUCCUUGAUGAUAUCGCUGAUAUAAAUCUUCGAGAGCUAAUCCACGAGGUUUGUUCGUAG